AUAAAGACAUGAGUUAAGGAGAAAAUUGACCUGAGGUCAUAGCUGUUACAGAAUCUAGUGAAGAAAUAAAUUAGGAGAAUGAAUUCUAAUCUUGUGACUAUGAAAUAGAGAGAAUCCUCAGCUUCCGUAGCAUCAUCAAUGGCAUCGCGCGUCCUACAACAACAAAAAAAAGACCGCUAUCAAAAAGCUUUGAGAGAAAUAAUUUGAGAAAAAGGAAAACUAGAAUCAUGGAAAAAAAUUACUACCAUUAGAUAAUUUAGAUACAAAAUCAUAAAACCAAUUCUACAGUAAAAGAAAAAUCACAAGCUAUAUAUAUACCUUGAUACAACGAAGGCAACGAUGACGAGCUCCGAUGGACGAGGAUUGAGGAGGAAAGAGAAUUGCCGAACUGGACUUUGGAAGAAGAAGAAAAGCUCUCGAGAGAAAUGAAAAUGAAACGAAAUUCAAACGACACCGUUUUUAGUAAAAUGGAAUAUGGUGAGUAAGAUAUAAGCCAAGCCCAGCCCAUUAAGCGUUGUGUAUAUAUUGCAGCGCUGUUGUUUGUUUGGUUAAAUUUGUCAGACGCGCCUCGGUUACCUCAUUAACUCAAAAUAUUAAAAAGGGAAAACGUCCUGGUUCCCCAUGAGAACUAUGAUAUCGUACCAGAUGGAGCCCGAUCUUUACCCCCGUCCCAGAUGGCUCUCAUGAAAUUCUUCUCAAUCUAUAUACCCAUAUAUCGGGAUGUUAUCGGUUUAAAGAGUGAACCGAUACGAUACCGUUCAUACCAAAUAGAAAACCAAAAAUAAAACCUGACUGAUGUUAAUAAUCCGACCCGAGACGAUACAUCUAUAACACAUCUAUAACUCCAUUAAAAUCCCCAAAUCCUCAAACCCUAAAAGCAUAAAAUUCUUAAAUCGAUCUUUGCAACCAUGAGUACCGUUUCUGGAGGUUCGAGUGGUUCAUCAAAUGUUCGACAAAGAGGAUUCGUCGUUGGCGUGCCUAAGAGAUGCUGGUGUGGGGAACACAUCGUGGCAAAGAAUUCCAAAUCCGAGCCUAAUCCUUCUCGGAGAUACUUUCGAUGUCGAGAAGCAGCAGCAAAGAAGCUUGUGAACGAUAACCACAUCUUUAAGUGGGUCGAUGAGGCAUUGUUGGACGAGGUAGCAACAUUGGGUGUUCAAUUUGAGAGAGUAAAAGAAGAGAUGAAAGAGCGUACAAUAGAGACAUUGCAAGAACAGAAGCUGAAAUUUGAGAAGAUGCAAAUGGAGUUCGAAAAAGAGCUUUGUGAGAGGGUUGAAGAAGUUUUGUUGGAAGCAAAAGCUGAAUUGCAAUGUAGGAUGAAUAAGAGUAUAAUUGUAUGUGUUUUCGGUUUUAUGAUCUUGUUUGCUCUGUUUAAGCUUGUAUGAUGAGCUAUUGUAAACUAUUGUUCGGUUGUAAUCUAUUGUUGUUCGGUUGUAUGCUCUGCUUUAUGCUCUUGUUUGUUUUGGUGUUGAGUGUGAACUCCUGUUGGUGUUGCUAUUGCAUUUAAUAAGAUAAGACAUUCCACAUUUCAUAAAAGGCAGAACAUGAUGAACACAUGUUCUGAAAACAAGCAGAAUGAUAACGUUUUGAAAUCAUGUUCUCAACAUGAUCACAGACCAAAAACAUAACCCUACUAGUCUAUUCGACCAAAAUACAGAUCCAACUAGUCUCUUAAACCAAAAAACAGACCCCUACUACCAUAAUCUUCAAUAUUCAGGCUUGUGAAAGUCCUCCACCACCUUGAGAUAGUCCUCCACCACC